UAUUAAUCAUUUGUUACUUUUGAUUGUUGCUUCCAACUUCUUUGUAACAGAAAAACUUGUUAAUUGUAAUUAAGUGUUGAUCAAUCUCUAAAUUAAUUAGCUCUUGUUAGUAAGUGUAAAGUGAACUUCAAAUGUCCCCUUGGAUUUAAUUACUGUGAAUGUUUGUCGAAAAUUAAAAUUACCAGAGGAUUGUUUUUAUUUCUAUUGUUACCUUUUGAUUGGAAGUAAAAAAGAAAAAGAAAAUAUUCUCUCUACUUUAUUUUAAUAGAUUUACAUGUUUUAUAUCAAAUUAACCCUGAAAGAAAAUAAUAUUCAAUGGAAUUAAAAUGACCUGUAAAAUGGUUAGAGGCAAUGGCGGUGGUUCGUGUGGCCGUCGGUUUGUUGCUUCACCUGAAGAUUUACCUUACAUUGUUUGGGACUCAACGGUAAACAAUAUUGAUGAAUAUGGACCAGCACCAUCUCUGCACAGUCAUCCAGCCUCGAUUAUCACAUAUAACCAUAUACCGCCAAUGAUUAACUCUUGCCAAGCCUCAUCGACAAUCUCAUGGGAUUCAUCAACAUUCACAAGACGUUGCUGUUCACCGGCUUGUUGUGCCAUCUUAUUAACGGCCAUACUUAUUUUGGCCGCUUUAUUAACUGUUAUUGGAGUUGCUGUUUAUUUAGGUAUCAUCACUAAUCUAUCCAAAGCAACAAUAUUACCUGUUAGUGGACGUUUUCGUGUUAUAUCUGGUGACGAUUUUGUCCCUUCCUUGUACAAUACAUCGUCUACAUCUUUUCAUGAGAAAGCCGAAAAAUACAAUGCCAUUAUUCAUUCAGCUUUUCAAUGGACUUCAAUUGAAAAUUCAAUUAUUAAAAGUGAAGUUUAUGCUUUUCGAAAAGGCUCAUUGAUUGUCCAUUUUCGAGUUUAUCUUGACCGUAAAAAGAUACUUCAAGCUCGCAACACAUUGGCCUUUGGACGAAACAAUAAUAAUAUUGAAUCGCGAUCGUCAUCUCAAAAUGAUAAUCUGAUUCCCCAUUUGGUUCAACAUGAGAUGAGGGAAGGAUUAGUUCAACUUCGUAUGAUUGGACCAGGUCGACCUGAGAUCGAUCUUGAUUCGUUAACAGUUACAUCAUAUCAUACAGAUCCAAUGUUGAAUUUGAAAGAUCAGUCAGUUCCUUUACAGAUAACAAGAGGAAAUGUUUUCUAUGAAAGAAAUGAAGGUAAUCAGCCCGUUGAUUCAGUUUUAACGGCGAUUCAUUUGAAACCCUUGAAACAAUCAACUAGAAAACCCACCUUACUACAAGUAGUAACUAAGACAACACCUCAAGGAUCAACUUCUACAACAACAACUACCACAACAACAACAACAACAACAACAACAACGUCGACGACAACACCCCGUCCAUUGAUUUCUUUAAAGUCAAAUAACAAACACCAAAAGCCAUUAGCUAAUUAUAACAACAAUGAUCACAAUGAUAUUGGUCACAAUCAAUUAAUGUCAUCAGCAACACAACACAAUCGUCGUUAUUCAAAUGAUAAUCCAAAUGAUUCAUUAAUUAAUCGAUUUGCAAGUCGACUUAGACCAUCUCGACCUUCAUUAACAACAGUACGACCCGUGACCGGUAGUAUAGCAUCAUCAUCAUCAUCGCCAUCUUCAACGACAACAACAGUAGCUCCUACAACAAUUAGAACUACAUCAACUACACCCACAACAACAACGACAACAAGAUCAUCAACAUCUUCAUCCACAACAAUACCUCCAUUGUUUACAACAAGAAGAAUGAGAUUGACAUCAUCAUCAACCACAACCACAACUCCGGAACCACCACCAAUUGUUUAUACCGAUGAAUCAAUUAAAUUAACCAGUCGAGAUCCCAAUUUGUUUACUCACAAAACAACACGAACACGAAUUGAUUUUCCAUCUCUUCUUGCCGGUUUACGAUUGAAAACCACCACAACAACCACAACCACAACAACUACAACAACUCCUCUACCAGAACCAUCAACCAUCUCUCUAGGAACUGUAUCACCAAUCCCACCUAAUCAUAAACCUCCGCCGGGCACAUCAAUAAAAGUCACAUCUCUUGACUUUGGUCAAUGGAGACCAUUGUCAUCCCCGUUCAAACCUCCCAACGACCCAAAAUUACCGGUUAAAUUUUCACCUCCUUUAGCACCUCCAUUAUUAUCAUCAUUUCCACCUCAAUUCACUCACCACAAACCACCACCACCACCACCACCUCCACACCAACCCUCACAUUCAUCAUCUAAUGACUUUAAUUUGAACAAUCGUUUAGGAUUCAAACCUGGACAAAUGAAUAAGAUGCCGAUGGUCAUUGCCGUUAGUCCAGGUGACCAUAUGAGACGUCGUAUACCAAUAUCAGUAUUAUAACAGUUGAGUGAAAAAUAAUCUGUAACAAUUAUCUUCCCUUGAUUAGAUUUAAUUGUGAUGACCAAUUCUCUAAAUUAACUUCCAUCACUUUAUCAGCGAGGUAAAAUUGACACAUUCUCACUUAAAUCAUCCCAUUUAUUUUUAAAUCAUUUCCAACCUUCUAAAUCAUAAAAUAUAAAAUCAAUUCUGAUUAAUCCGUUAUAAUAUUAAACACAAUUAACUGUAAAA